AUGAACUUUUUUAAGUCACUUGUUGGGCCAAGUCUUCCUUAUGAAAAACCAGAACGCCUUGUUAGUGUGAAUGACCCCGGGUUCACGUAUCACGUGUCUCACUCCAAAAAAGUCUCCGACAAAAAGGCAGUUACACUCUUUGAAUUUCCACCCCAAAACCCAAAGAUACUCAACGAAAAUGUACUGAAAAGGUUCCGUACGCUCAAACACCCAAAUAUCGUUAGUUACAUCGAACACAUCACAGUCGAUAGAACUGUUGUUGUAUUAACAGAAGAGGUCUUUCCACUGACUUCAUUUCUCUCAUCGAAUAAAUGCACAGAUGAUAUGAUCCUUUGGGGACUUUUCUCAUUAGCUAACGCCCUUCACUUUUUAAAUGUGAGUGCUAAGUUGGGGCAUUUCAACGUGACCAAAAACUCGAUAUAUGUGACAAAAAGUGGGGAGUGGAAAUUGGGAGGGUUACAAUUGGUGAGUACUUUAACAGACCCACAGGACUACAAAAGUUACAUUGAAUCUUCCCGUUCGUUGGGACAUCUGCCAAAUAACAUUUUAUCAGAAUAUGUCGACUCGUUUGCAUUCUCAAAAUUGGCACUCCAAUUGUACCCAAACGCACCACCAACACUCCAAGCACUCAUUUCGAAUUUGGCCACUCAACCAGUUACUGCAUUUUUAACACAUCCGGCAGUUUCAACACCAUUUUUGACGAUUGUUUAUAAUUUGGAUAACUACGCCGGACUUGACGAAUUCUCGAGAAGAGCUUUUUUGCAAUCCAUUUCUAAAACGAAGCUCCCACCACUCUUUUGUCGAUACAAAUUACUUCCUUUCUAUUUGGACUUGUUCAGAUCAAACAUGCCAGAAGCUUCUUCGGCAGUGGAGUCGGUUUUGAAAUUGGCAGGUGGUCUUGAGGACGACGAGUUUGUCAGUUUGGUGCAACCCUAUCUCACCAAAUUCCUAUCAUCGCCAGACCUUUCAACGAAAUACGUUGCAUUGAGUAACUUGAGACACUGUGUCAGCCAUUUCUCAAAGGAAUAUUCCGAAACCCUUUUCUCGUGUGUGUGUCAAGCUGCUGAUCACCAGAAUGACAAGAUAAGAGAUGCAGCGCUUCGAGCAAUGUUAGCUUUAAUCGAGAAACUGAGUAAAUCAAAAGUCGUUGAAAUAGCAAAUAGAUUUGAGAAAGGGAUUAGUGACCCAUCUCCUAUCGUACGUACAAAUACUACCGUUUGCAUCUCAAAGGCGGCAUUGAAGUUUGACAAAGAGACCAGGAGGAAGUUGUUGUUGUGUGGGAUGGCUCGUGCUGGGAAAGACCAAGUCAAAGAGAUGCGAGUGGCUGCGAUGAACGGAGUCUUAGAUAGUGUUAAUGAGUUUUCGGAGUCUGAUCUUUCGCGUAAUGUUCUGCCUUAUGUCGUCAUUUUUUUGACUGAUUCUAUACUCGAUGUGAGAGUGAAAGCUGUCGAAUGUUUUACAAAAACAAGUGAAAUUGUUAUUAAAUACGUCAACGAUCUCAAUCAAAAGGAAGAACUCGAUAGGAACUCAAAAACACCACAAAACGUCAAAACUCCGUUAGUAGAAGAAGACACGACACACCUCAAUCUUAAAAAACCGGCUGAUGUCGUUUAUGACCAAAUGAAACCACAAACACGAAUAACAACAAGUCCAAGUCUGUGGGAUAAUAACAGUCCUAAUAGUGGCAAUUUGUCUCCUUCGAUACAAAAAGACGACGUCUUCUCAAUGUUUGAAAACACGGAACUGAAAACAGAACAACAACAAAUUCCAAAGCAAAUUGAAACACUAAAAGAAGCAAAAACAAUCAAAAAAGAAGACGAAGAUAUCGAACGACUCACUGGACUCAUAGGAAAGCCAAAAUCAUUCCAGAAAUCAACACAAAAACAAAAACAGCUUGCCGAGAUGGACUUGCCUGACACGUUGCAGAAAAAGUCAACAAAGACAAUCAUCUUUGAAAAAACAGAGAAAGUCGAAAAACAGGAAACUCCUCUUAAUGUCGAUGUAUUCACACAACAAGUCCCUCAAAAACAAAAACAACCGGAACAAAAGAAAGAAUUGCUUUGGGGAACUUCUAAUGCCAAUGACGACUACUGGGACGAGUGGUCAAUCGAAACUCACUCAAAGCAAAUGCGAUUGACUCGAAUAAAGGGAGGGGUC